AUGGCUUCCGCUGAUGAUGCUCAUUCGCGGCCCAAACGACCCGCCGCCAUGACGAGACAGUCGUCCUCGCAGUCGCACCUGUCCGAGGGCGAACCGCAGAGAGCACCGCACAAGGCCCAGCGCCAUCAUGUCGUUGGCCACCAGCGCGUGCAGAGGAACCUAUCGACCGGCAAGAACCUGAACAAGCUCAACAAAGCCGCCCAGCAGAUGCAGCAGGCGGAAAAGGCCGCGGAAAAGGAGGCGCGACACCACCGCCGUACCAAGUCUGGCGACUCGGUUUCUGCGCCCAGCAGCCCCCGCCCGAGCUUCAAGCGCAAUGCUUCAUCGGGCGCUGUAGUGAGAGUCGCCCACCAGGCACACACACAGGCCAACCUGCGCCGGAACCACUCGAGCGGCCAGCUGCCACGCCCGGGACAGGGCAAACACGCCCUCAAGGCGGCAAAGAACGAGCUCGCAUCGGGAAAGAAGUCGCUCACGCCUGCACGCUCCCGACAGGCCUCACCUGAGCCCCACGCCGCCGUUCACUUCGACAUGGGCGACGACGACGACGAGGAAGGCGGUGACGAAGGCUGGACAGAAGAGAGCGCCUCGCAAUCACCCACCACCACCCGAUCCAACACGCGCUCCAACUCGGUCAUACUCGAUGCGCAACACAAGCUCGCCGAGAGGAACAUGGAGAACAACCGCGGAGACCCAGCACAGGCUGGCGCAAGUCGCCAGCCUCCAGCACAGUCGCCGCAGACGCUGCCGGAUCGAUCGCGCGCCACGGCUUCGACCAACACGAACAGCAGCAAUUCCCACCACGCACGUUUGCCAGACGCCGACAUGAUAACCUCACGCCUGCUCCAGCGCAGCGCCUCUCACACCGUGCCGCCCCAGACCACGUCGGUCGCAGCGACAGUCGGGACUGCCACCGAACGGCACAAUACCAUAAUGGCCCACAGCGCGGGCUCUACGCUCGUCGAUACCCCAGGAAAAGACCUGGUCUCGCGCUUCAUGGACGGGGAUGGCUCGGCGGGCACGCCUCACGAUGGUGGCUACAUGCCCGCGAGCAAGUCUGCCAAGCCUGACGACGGUGAGCUUGAUCAGAGCAAGCGAAACAAGUCGAUGCCGAACGUGAACGCACAAGACACGCCGAACCGGACCCCCUCGCGCUCCGGUACUACCACGCCGACGACGAACCUACCGCCGUCGCGGACACAGCAGAAGCUCAUGCUCCAGCGCGCGUCGUCCAACAUUGAGCCCCAGAAGCUGGUGCCAGUGACACUUCCCCGAACCGGCGGACCUACCUUUCUCCAAUCGGGCAUAAACUACAACGCGAACGGCGAGGGUCGCCUUGACCCUCGUCUGCAGCAGCAGUUCAACCACGUUGCUGUCGAGUACAACGUGGUGCGAAGAUAUCGCAACCCUGUUGCAGACUCGAUUCUGCGCAUACAGCAGAUCCCAGGCGUGUCGCGCAAGACUCGCAUUCCACGAACGGGAAGUGCAAAUGGAUCCGCGAGCGCGCACAGCUCCGCUAGCCUGAGCGCAAGUUUCAGCGAAGCGGGCGUGGAAACAGAUGGGGCAAGCUCGCGGAGGUCUGCGCGAGUCAGCUUCGACAACGAGCACGGGCGCCCCAAGAGCAGGCGCGACGAUGGUGAUGUCGAGGGCCAUCAGAGUUUCGAGAGCGCGCGCAGCCACGCGCGACCAGCCAGCGAGGCCGAGGAAAUUUGUCGACGCCUGUGGGAGAGCGCCGAAAUUAUGGAGGCGGAUUGA